AUGGUAUCUACAAUGACAAACCACUUGACCCUGUUCUGUCUUGUUGAUGGAGCAUUCCCUGUCGAGAUUGAGUCAACCAAGACAAUCGGUGACCUCAAGAAGCUCAUCAAGGCUGAGCAGAGUCCUGACUUUGACGACAUUGUUGCAAACAACCUCACCCUUUGGCGCGUCUCCAUUCCUGACGACGAGAACGACGACGAACAACCCAUCUAG